AUGGAAACAAUAAAUGAUAAUCAUUUAAAUUCCUUGAAAAGGCUGAAGGACAUAUCAAGAAUAAUUGAAGCCACAUUACAGCAAAACAACAGAAUAAAGGGCAUUUUAGCAAAUGAACUGUAUUUUAGGAAAAAAUGUGAAGCAUCUAUAGAAACUAUAAAGAAUAAUACCGACGAACAAGAGUGCUAUAGGAAGGUUUCGAAAAUCUUUAUUAGGAAACCAAAGUCGGUUUUGGCAAAAGAACUUGAUGAAGAGCUGGCCGAGUAUAACAAAUAUAGCCCCCACCUAGUUGAUUUAAGAAAAAAACUAGUGGACAAAUUGGCAAAUUUGAAGGAACAGUAUUUACAGGCCCAAGAAGCUAUUGAAAAAGAAGCUAGCCAAGCUCCUUAA